GCUGAUGUAGCCGAGUUUGGAUCGCUGUUUCCCGGCCAGCCUCCCAGCUGUGACUCGCUGUGAUUUCUUCUUCUUCUCCUUCUCCCCCCUCGCUACUCGUUAGUGCCUGCAGGGGCCUGCCGCCGCUCUCUCCGGUUAAAGAUGGAGCUCCGGACGAUCCCCCCCGCUCUCCUCUUCCUCUGUGCCGCCUGUCUGCAGUCGGUAUCCGGCGCGGCUUCACGGACAGGACCGAAAGUCACCGAGAAGGUGUUUUUUGACAUCACAGUGGCGGGUCACGAGGUGGGGCGGAUCGUCAUCGGCCUUUUUGGGGAGGUCGUCCCCCUCACUGUCAAUAACUUUGUUGCCCUGGCAACCGGAGAGAAAGGUUACGGCUACAAAGGGACAAAGUUCCACAGAGUCAUCAAGGACUUUAUGAUCCAGGGAGGAGACUUCACAGCUGGAGAUGGGACUGGAGGUGAGUAUGGCAAACGCCGGUCCAGACACCAACGGAUCGCAGUUCUUCAUCCUGGCUACCAAAGCACCAUGGCUGGAUGGGAAACACGUGGUUUUUGGCAAAGUCCUGGACGGGAUGUCUGUGGUUCACACCAUCGAGCUUCAGGACACCAACGACAGGAACCUGCCGUACACCGAGUGUGUGAUCGUCAACAGCGGCAGGAUCCCCGUCAAAGAGCCCUUCGUAGUGGAGGUGGAGGGCUGGUAAACGCCACUGUUAGAAGGUUUACAGUAGGACAAAGAUGUGAUUAUUAUAUAUUGGAGAUCAAUCAGAAGUCCAGUUUGACAAAUUCACAUUUUCUUAUAAUUACUUUUGCAUGUUAACAUACUAACGCAAACACACUAGCAACUAUGGCUGGGUAUUGUUUGAAAUGUUUUGAUACAAUAAUGUAUUGUAUGUUGGUAUUGAUACCAGAACAAUACAAUUUCCAAUACUUUAAGGAACACAAACAUCUUUUUCUUUUUUUCCAUUCAACAAGACAUAAACAUCUCAAAUUAUUCCCUUCUCAUCUUUCAAAUUCUUUGCGCUAAAUAAAAGACAAGAAAUUAUCAUAAAUUAUGAUUUAAAUCAGGAAACAUUUCAUCAAAGAGUAAACGAGAUCUAAGAAUCUGAACAAGCAUUCAAUUCCAGCUUUCAAUAUUUGAAAGUUAUCUAAAACUCUAAAACACAAAUGUACUGAGGUUCAAUAACCAGCCCUGUUAGCCAGCUAACAUGAAGCACUGCAUCCUGAACAUUAACAUGUUCACCUGCUAACUGUGACAUGUUACAGAGGCUAAAUGUAAGCAUGUUGAAAUCUAGUUGUAACAUGCCAACAAUACUUUGACCCCUCUGAAAAAAUCAUGGGAAAGGUGAACGUGACUUCUGAUUGAUUUCUAGAUAUAAGUAAGACAUAUUUUCAUUAACUUAUUAACAGAACAUAUCGUACAGUGAUGUCUAACAACUAUCUGUGAAACGAGGGAAGAUAUUUCUUUCAACUUUCUGACCAACAGGGAAUGCAGGUCAAAGACAAGAUGAAUCUGUGGUAAAUUAAAGACAUCCCAUUUUUAAACUUUCAACUUUAACUGGCUUUGGACAUCAGAUACAGUAGAGAUGAACAGGCACAAAGUUACAUUCAUCAUACAGAAGAUAUCAGAGGAAUACACAAACGUUGGCAUGUCAUACUAUUCUCUAUAUGCACAGGCGAAAACCUUAUAUCUCCAAAAUGGGAACUUUUUCAGGAUUGUGUGGCACAUUUUAAACUAGGUUCUUUUUUUGACAAUGAAACAACUUUACAAAACCCUGAUUUUUUUAAUCACAUUUAUUUGUGAUGUACUCUAUAUACAAGGACCUCUCAUAAGAUGAACGUGUAAUACAAAUGCCAAAACCUGGAGAUAUGAGGUUUUCAUCCGAUAGCGACACAUUGUAUGCAGAGUGGAGCGGCGUCAGUUUGAUGUUGUGUGUUCAGUAUUUAUCAGGUUCACUGUGGUUCUUGCUAACGGUUUAAUACGUUAGCAUACUUGCAUAUUUAGUGGCUGGUGCCAGGUAGCAUCAUCCCUAAAACUUUGUAUCAAACUAAAUAAUGAACUGUGACUCAAACAUGACAAAUAUCAUGGAAACUUGCACUUACAGAACUAUGUAGCUCUCUUAUUGCCAAAUCAUUCUUCAUUUGCCAAAAUGCUUUCACUUUCUAUGCAUCUAAUCAAUUCUUCUUCUUUUCAAUACCUGUUAACAAACAUAUGCAAAAAAGAAAUUGUAGCAAGUGUCAAAUGCCAUUCUAGCACUUAAUUAUUUGUGAUUUCUCUUAUUCCGUCAUUGAAAAGUAAGAUUUGUGUUUUUGUGUUUCGAUUAAAUGGAGAUAAAGUAUCUUUUCCUCCUGAUGCAUUAUGCAUCAUAUCAUGUUUGCAAAAACUACUGCACAAAUUGCACAGGAGGAAAAUGUUCUGUGGGUAUUAGUACUGUACUAAUACUGUUUCUGUCCUCUCAGUAAUGACCUUAAAUGUUGUACUUUGUGUUAGAGGUGUGCUGACUGUCACCAGGUCAGUGAACUUAUUCUGACUGUUGAUGUUUUGUCAUCCUUCUUUUUAAUGUUAUGACUUCAGUGAACCCCAAACUGUCAUGGUAGCAUAAUAAUCUAGAAAAAGUUAUGACUGAUAUUCCUCAUGUCACUGAACUUAAUGCAGCAUUUAAAACCUCUGUAACAAACAUAUCAGAAGUUCUGUUUUCAUUCUUUAUAAUAACAGCAGAAGAAGAGUGCCAACAGGUGUAUUUUCUACAAUAAAAAAUAUACUGUUGCAAAACAGUUUUAACCACU